GGAGUGCGAGAAAUGAGGAAUUUAAUUCGUAAUUAUAAAAGAAAAUUGUCAUUGUCGGAAUAAUAAAUCGAUAGUAUGGAUGAAGUAUAACGCACAAAAAUUUAAUUGAAUUGAAAUCGCCGUUUGCGCAAAAAAUUAAUAAAUAACCUAAGUAAUUUGAAAAAUGUAUUCAUCAAUUAAUAAAUUAGCACAGGCUAAGGUAUGUGCUGGAAUUCUGCCACAGUUGUCGCCAAAACUGACCUCACACCUGCACACUUCAGCAGCAUUGUGCCGGGUGGUGUCCGGCAAGUACAGGAUAACGAAAAAACGCGACCGUCCGCUCACGUAUGAGAUGGCCAAUCCACCACAUUACAUCGCACAUCGCAAGUCCUGGAACUCGUGGAACACAUCAAAUCUGAAGGGUGGUCUGCGGAGAUCAGAAACCGCUGUUGAGGAUGAGUUUAUUAGAAGAUUUAUGGGUGGUACUUGGCAUGGCCUAGUUUGCAGUGAGGUAAUAAUUAAACGUCAGUUCAACCACAUAAGAGUGGCAGCGAUCAUUAGAAGAGCAGUAUCUCCCAGCAAGAUGUAUUUUCUCCUAGGCUAUACGGAAGAACUUUUAGCCAACUGGCUCCAAUGCCCUGUAACUUUGGAGCUACAGACAGUUGACAGCUUCAAAGACGUUGUAUUCAAGUAUAUCUAGAUUUGUAAUAGAUUGUGUAGUGUAAA